CUUGUCCUGCGGGUUUGUGUACUGCAUAUGUCUGUCUAUCUGUGGUUGGACGAGGCUGUGGACGGACGUAGCCGCAAGCCGCCUUCGCUUUCAGACUGCUCGCAGGUUUCCACAGCUCAGGGUGGGGACCGAGGCCCACUUUGCUUUCAGACUGCUCGCAGGUUUCCACAGCUCAGGGUGGGGACCGAGGCCCACUUUGCUUUCAGACUGCUCGCAGGUUUCCACAGCUCAGGGUGGGGACCGAGGCCCACUUCGCUUUCAGACCGCUCGCAGGUUUCCACAGCUCAGGGUGGGGGCCGAGGCCCACUUUUUCCCUCGUACCGUCUCGGGCUUCCCGGUCCUCCGUCUUGAGUGUCUCGGCUGAAAGGCAGACAUGAAGUACAGGACUGUGGUCAUGUACAUGGAGAUCGGCUGCUUUGUGAUCUGCGUGUGCGGCUGGAUCCUCGUCUGUUCCACCAUGCCCACCGAGAUCUGGACUUGGUCCGAAGUGGACAGCAUCGUUCUGACCACCUCCAACUACUUCUCCAACCUCUGGAAGGACUGCAUAUCAGAUUCAACAGGGGUAUCUGACUGCAAGGGAAUUCCAUCCAUGCUCGCACUAAACUGGGACAUUCACAUGUGCCGCGCCCUCAUCAUCAUUUCCAUCAUCCUGGCCUUCUUUGGAUCGAUUCUCGUUCUAGUGGGAAUGAAGUGUACCAAGCUCGGAGGAUCGGAGAUUGCCAACGCAAGAGUAACUUUUGCAGGGGGGAUGAACUACCUUAUCUCAGGGAUGUGUUCCAUGGUGGCUUUUUCUUAUUAUGGAAACAAAAUAAGAGCAGAGUUUCAGGACCCCAACUUCAAAGCUCAAAAGUUUGAAAUAGGAGUUGGUGUGUUUAUUGGCUGGGGGGGCUCCACUCUUCUUGUCGUUGGGGGUCUCGUUUGCAGCGCAUUCGCUGGGAAGGAAGGGUGCCAGUCAAGCUCCAAGAAAAGAGGACUCCCUGUGUACCGGCCCCCGGAUGCCUACUCGGCUGUCGUGGCCCCGCGGGCCUCCGGGUCCUCGGUUCGGACAGGGAGCAGGAAGUCCCGGACCAGUAGUGUCAGCAGAGACACCAGUGUGUCCGGGAUCACCAGUACCAGCACCAGCACCAGCACCAGCACCAGCACCAGCAAGUCAUUCAGCACAAACGCCUACGUAUGAUGUGUACUCGUUUUUUCCAAGUGUUUACCUCUGCUUUUUAAGGUACACGUGUGAGAUGAGAUUUGGCAUUCCUAAUAAAAAACCUUUAGGUCUCAUGAUACCGAAACCGAUACUCAGUACUGUGGCAAUGCACAUGAAGGAUCACACGCAACAACCUGUUGAAUUAUUCAUGAGGUAAUUUGACAACAAUAAACUUU